AUGAGCUCCACCGUGUCCACCGCGCCCUUCUCCAAGGCCGUGGUGAGCGCUAUGAGGAAGCUCUAUCCAGAGGCCCUCGCAGACCAAAGCUGGGAUAACACCGGCCUCCUCCUCGAAGCCCCCUUCGACCCUCUGCGCCGACAGAUGAACUCCGUCCUCCUAACCGUCGACCUGACCAAAGCAGUCGUGGACGAAGCAAUCGAGCGCAACGACUCAGUCAUCGUGUCCUACCAUCCAAUUAUCUUCAGAGGCCUCAAGUCGCUCACGCUGGGAGACAGCCAGCAGCAGUCACUGCUCAGGUUGGCUGCCGAGGGUAUAAGCGUCUACAGCCCGCAUACCGCGAUCGAUGCUGCGCCGGGCGGCUUGGGCGACUGGCUCGCGGACAUCGUGUCUGGCACGCCGACGGAGGUGCCCGAAGAAGCGCCUGAAGAAAACGACGAAGAUGCAGACGAAGACUCCCCAUCCAACGCACCACCGACUCCUGCCCUGAACGGCGAAGACCCCUUCGUCGCGCCCAAGCGGCCGGUAUACAUGCUGCAGCACCACCCCUCGCACCACGGCGUCAAGGAGGAAGCCCUGAAACUCGCCUCAACAAAGCACACCCGCCAAGCCAUCAAGCCCGUGACCGUCGAUGGCAUCUCCAACGCAGGCAUGGGCCGCAUCGUGCGCUUCUCCACCCCGGUCCCGCUCGUCGAGAUAAUCGAGCGCAUCGGCCAGGGCCUCGGGAAACCAAAGGGCUUCCCCAUCGCCGUGCCCCAGGGCGCCAACGUCGUCGACAUCUCGAUCCGCUCCGUCGCCAUCUGCGCCGGCAGCGGCGGCUCCUUAUUCGCGGGCCUGCACGACGUCGAUCUGCUGUUCACGGGCGAGCUGUCGCAUCAUGAGGCGCUGGCGGCGAUUGAGCGCGGGCAGUGCGUCAUUACGCUGUUUCAUAGCAAUACCGAGAGGGGAUUUUUGCAUAGCGUGCUCAAGAGUCAGUUGCUGGAACAGGUGAAGGUUGAGUGGGAGAAGGUGAGGAAGGCGGAGGCGAAGAAGAUUAAGGGGAUCGGUGGGGUGGAGGAGGAGGAGUGGAAGGAGGCGCUCGAGGAUGAUUUUGUGAGUGUCGAGGUUAGUGAGGUGGAUAGGGAUCCUUAUGGAAUUCUGAUCAACAAGGACGAAGUGUGA